AUACCAUAUAGAACCGUACCUCGGUCUCAGUAUGGCCUUUUCGGAACACAGGUGACAUUUUCCAUCUAGUUUGUCCCAAAAAUCUAGUUGACAAUGUCGAAGUGCGCCGUACAGUAGUAGAACUUAACUCGCUCCACUGAACACCCAGAACUGAGCAGCAUGGAGGUCGCAGAUAGGAGUUUUGAAGACAACACUACCCUGAACUAUGAUCCGUACUUCCUCAACUUCAGUACAAUGUAUUCGUACGACUUCAUGGACAAUAUUACGAAACUGUACGAGUACGAUUAUGAGUUCGAAGAGGGAUUCAACAGCGUCCAGCCGCUCCCAGCCCGCGUCAUCCUCGGCAUCGUCUACUGCCUCAUCAUGCUGGUCUGCGGCACGGGCAACUCUCUCCUCAUCACCGCCGUCUGCCGCUUCAGGGAGCUCCGAUGUGUGGCCAACGUCCUGGUGGCCAACCUGGCGCUGUCCGACCUGCUGGUGGCCGUCUUCUGCCUGCCGUUCCAGCUCGACUACUACAUCGUCAAAAACGAGUCCUGGGGAUACGGGGACUUCAUGUGCGCCACCGUCAACUACGUCCGCACCAUGUCCCUCUACGUGUCCACCAACGUGCUGGUGGCUAUCGCCAUCGACAGGUACUACAUUGUGGUUCACCGGCCGAUGCAGCAGCGGCGCCGGGCUUGGGUCAUGAUCGUCCCCGUUUGGCUGACGUCCAUGAUAUUCGCUCUCCCAUCAGCUGUGAACUCCAAGACAAUCAUGAACCAUCGGAACGGCACGAUGUUCUGCGGCCAGGCCUGGUCUGUCCGCUCCACCAAGUACUACCAGGCCUACUACGUCAUGAUGUUCAUCAUCGAGUACCUGGUCCCCAUCAUCACCAUGACGUACUGCCACCUCACGCUGUGGCUCAAGGUCCACCGCCGCUCCUGCCCGGGGAACACCAACGAGCGUCAGCAGCAGACCCUGGCCAAGUCGCGCCGCAAGACGGUCACCCUGGUCAUCCUCUCCUCGCUCUUCGUCCUGUGCUGGGGGCCGUAUCAGGGCUACACGCUGGUGCGAGACCUGUCUCCCCUCAUCCUGAAGGAGAAGCUCAACACCACGAUCUUCUACGCAGUGGAGGCGCUCGCCAUGGGCAACAACGUUGUCAACACCGUGCUGUACGUGGCCCUCAACGCCAAGAUACGCAAGUACAUCAAGCUGAUGGUGACGGAGUCCUCCAUCUACAACAGCUUGAACGGAAACGUGUCGGGCAGCUCCUCCUUCCGCGCCUGCAACCGCCCGGCUCCCAUCCCCGCCGUCCUGCCUCCUCCCCGGCCAAGCGCCAACCUGACGCACCCGGUGGAGCCCUACAGAGAGCGAGAGACGACAGUGUAAAGUUAUAGGGCGAUGUAAUUAGUAACAUUCCCUACGAAUGUGAAUAAAUGGUCUCCACUCCAAGGUUCGGGCCUAGGCACAAAAAGUAGUCUGUAGACAGAGAGAUCCAUCAUUCCAACCUUCACCUAAUUCUGAACCAACCUAUCGAUUAAUCGAAUAGAUAUCUACAUCCUACGCCAAUCAAUCAAAAGAAAUUGUUCACCCCAAUGUGCCAACGUUGCCUACACUUUAGAGUUCGGGGUCAACAGCCUAAAGGUCCAUUGGCCUUGUUGUUCGCGUGUACAAACACGUGCACGGAAUGGCUAAUGCACUUUCUUCAAAGAGUACAAACGAUGCCCUUGCUCAUACGCCUCAAAAGCAGUCGAAGGGUAAAAAAAAGCCGCACUAAUUGCUAACAACAAAGAGGAUUAGACAAUCAUCACAUUGGUGCCUCACAACUUCAAACAA